CUUCAAAUAAGUAGUAACACACUUUGUUUCUCUCUCUCUCUCUCUGCUCUCUCUACAUAUACUCGGAGCUUACUUAUGCACUUGCCUUUGCCUGCCUGACUUCGUCUAUAUAUCCUCCGAUCGAGCAGCUAACUAUUUCAUUCCCCUGCUGCUUGCGAGCCCUGGAGCCGUGUCUUGCAGGCUGAGCUGCUGUCUGACAGAAGAUCGGUCUGAUUGAAUUGAGCAUAGAUGGCGGAGGAGGCGAAGAAGGUGGAGGUGGAGGUGGAGGCGACCAAGGACAUCGCCGAGGAGAAGGCGGUGGUGCCGCUGCCCCCGCCGCCGGCCAAGCACGACAAGCUGGCCGCCGACGACUCCAAGGCCAUCGUUGCUGUCAAGGAUGCUGCUGAGAAACCUGCAACAGGAGGUUCAACUGAAAGAGAUGCUUGUCUCGAGAAAAUUGUAUCCGAGAAGAGAUUGACACUGAUCAGCGCCUGGGAGGAGAGCGAGAAGGCUAGAGCCGAGAACAGGGCCGCCAAGAACCUGGCCUACAUCACUUCCUGGGAGAGCGCAAAGAAAGCUGAGAUAGAGGCCGAGCUUAAAAAGAUCGAGGAGCAAUUGGAGAAGAAGAAGGCAGCGUACGAAGAGAAGCUGAAGAACCAGCUGGCGAUGCUCCACAAGUCGGCGGAGGAGAAGAGGGCGUUGACCGAAGCGAAGCGAGGGGAGGAGAUUGUCAUGGCGGAGGAGAUGGCCGCCAAGUACCGCGCCAAGGGCGAGGCUCCCACGAAGCUCUUCGGGUUCUUGAAAGCAUGAGAAAUGAUAAGGCACCCACGAUCUCUGAAGAAUAUACAUAUGUCGGGAUGGCUACUUUCAGAUUUUGUGAAUGGCAUGUUUAUGGUGUGCGCAUUUGUACGUAUUCCCAGGCCAUUUGUUGUGUAUUAAUUUUGUUGUUGGAAGGUUUGAUAUUUGGUGCAGUUUGUAAAGGAAUUGUGUAUUAGCAUAAGAGUGCAGCUCUGAUGUGUAUACCUUUAUUCUUUCUUUUCAUGAAAGUUUUGUCUGUACAAACUGGUUAUGCUUUUAAAACUGGCAGUUUUACUCGUCCA